AUGGCGACAUUUCUGGACAAUUCCUAUAGCCUGGUGCACCUGGACAACACGGCCGACCAGCCCAGUCAGCAAGACCUCAAGACGCAACUGGAAAAAGGCAAUGAUGAGACCAAACUCGAGACCAUGCGGACGAUCUUGACCAUGAUGUUGAAUGGUGAUCCGAUGCCUAACCUCCUAAUGCACAUCAUUCGGUUUGUCAUGCCGUCCAAGAGCAAGCCGUUGAAGAAGCUACUAUAUUUCUACUACGAAAUAUGUCCCAAACUAGAUGCCAAUGGGAAAUUGAAGCAGGAGAUGAUUCUGGUGUGCAAUGGCAUUCGGAAUGACCUCCAACACCCCAACGAGUUCGUCCGGGGAAAUACCCUCCGAUUUCUGUCCAAGUUGCGAGAGCCCGAACUCAUCGAACCACUCCUUUCUGCUGCUCAGACAUGUCUCGACCACAGACACGCGUACGUGAGGAAGAACGCCGUAUGGGCGCUGGCAUCUGUGUAUCAACAUGCCCAACAUCUGAUCCCAGAUGCACCAGAGAUGCUUCAUACCUUCCUUGUCGGGGAGACUGACACAACCUGCAAGAGAAAUGCUUUUGCAGCAUUGAUGAGCAUAAGCCACGAGAAAGCUCUGGAGUAUCUUACCAGUGUGUUGGACGGUAUCCCGAACACCGAUGAGUUGCUGCAAUUGGUCGAACUUGAGUUCAUCCGGAAAGACGCGGUGCAUAACCAAGCAAAUAAGGCCCGAUACCUACGACUCAUCUUUGACCUUUUGGAAGCAAACACCAGCACGGUCGUCUAUGAAGCAGCUACGACACUGACCGCUCUCACCAGCAAUCCCGUGGCAGUCAGAGCCGCCGCCGGGAAGUUGAUUGAACUGAGCAUCAAGGAGGCGGACAACAACGUCAAACUUAUUGUGCUUGACCGAGUUGAACAGCUUCGUCGGAGACACGAAGGCGUUCUUGAUGACCUUGCCAUGGAGAUUCUACGCGUCUUGUCCAGCCCUGAUCUCGAUGUCCGACGGAAGGCCUUGAGUAUUGCCCUGGAAAUGGUGUCGAGCAAGAACGUUCAAGAAAUUGUUAUGCUGCUCAAGAAGGAACUGAGCAAGACGGUUGUCGAACAGUAUGAGAAGAACGCGGAAUAUCGACAGUUGUUGAUCCAGUCCAUCCACCACUGUGCCAUCAAGUUUUCCGAGAUCGCCGCCAGCGUGGUGGAUGUGUUGAUGGAUUUCAUUGCGGAUUUCAACAACAGCUCCGCCGUGGAAGUCAUCUCUUUCGUCAAAGAAGUGGUGGAGAAAUUCCCCAAGCUCAGAUCUCCAAUAGUGGAGCGGCUAGUGUCGACCUUGGGCGAAGUACGGGCGGGCAAGGUGUAUCGGGGCUCUUUAUGGGUGAUUGGGGAGUAUUCGUUGCAGGAACAUGACAUCAAGGAGGCUUGGAAGCGGAUUCGGGCCAGUCUGGGCGAGAUACCGAUUCUUGCGGCGGAGCAGCGCUUGCUGGAGGAACAGUCAAGCGAGGAUGCGGAAGUACCCAAGGAACAAGUCAACGGACACGCCAACAAGCCGACAUCGAGCAGCUCUAGAAAGGUCCUAGCGGAUGGCACCUACGCCACUGAAACUGCCAUGACCAGUGACUCGGCAGCAAAAGCUCGGUUAGAAGCAGUCAAAGCUGCCCAAAAGCCACCUCUGAGACAGCUUAUCCUGGAUGGCGACUACUACCUGGGAUCAGUGCUCUCAUCAACCCUUACCAAGCUGGUGAUGCGACAUUCUGAAAUAUCCUCGGAUCAGGCGCGCACCAAUGCUCUUCGUGCGGAGGCCAUGCUUAUCAUGAUCUCGAUCAUCCGGGUUGGACAGUCACAAUUUGUCAAGGCACCCAUUGACGAGGACUCGAUCGAUCGUAUCAUGUCGUGCGUGAAAGCACUGGCCGAGUUCACCGAGCACAAAGAGUUGGAAACGUCCUUCCUGGAUGAUACGCGAGAAGCGUUCCGAGCAAUGGUACAAGCGGAGGAAAAGAAACGUGCUGCUAAGGAGGCUGUGGAGAAGGCCAAGACGGCCAUCCAGGUCGACGAUGUUUUCACCAUACGACAAUUGACCAAAAAGAGUGCUGCGGAUGGGAUGGAUGAAAUGGAGCUUGAUCUUGAAAAGGCCACUGGUGGGGAUGCAUCUUACGAGGAUCUGUCAUCCAAACUCAGUCGUGUUGUGCAACUGACGGGCUUCUCGGAUCCGGUCUACGCCGAGGCGUAUGUCAAAGUGCACCAAUUCGACAUCAUUCUUGAUGUCCUACUUGUCAACCAGACAAACGAGACACUUCAGAAUCUGUCGGUCGAGUUUGCGACCUUGGGCGACCUGAAAGUGGUGGAGAGACCAACCACGCACAACCUCGGCCCGCAGGACUUCCUCAACGUGCAAUCGACCAUCAAGGUGUCCAGCACCGACACCGGCGUGAUUUUUGGCAAUGUCGUCUAUGACUCUCCUUCCGGGACAGAUACGCACGUGGUUAUCUUGAAUGAUGUCCAUGCGGAUAUCAUGGAUUACAUUCAGCCUGCAACAUGUUCUGAAACGGCCUUCCGGACCAUGUGGACCGAAUUUGAAUGGGAGAACAAGGUCAACAUCCACAGCAAGAGCACGGACAAGACUCUCCGGCAAUUCUUGGAGCAGUUGAUGAAGAGCACAAACAUGACCUGCCUGACUCCCGAAGCGGCAUUGCAGGGCGACUGUCAGUUCCUCAGUGCCAAUCUGUAUGCACGCAGUGUUUUUGGCGAGGAUGCGUUGGCGAACUUGAGUAUAGAAAAGACGGCCGACAACUCGAUCGUGGGAUUCAUCAGAAUUCGGUCACGCUCGCAAGGUCUGGCCUUGAGUUUGGGCUCGUUGAAAGGACUAAAAGCAGGCACAUACUAG